AUGGCGUAUGGCCUCUAUAAACUUUUCAUUGGUACCCGCGAGCGAAAUGAACUUGCCCGAGAAAAGAUUUGGUCUCGAAUCCACCUCAUUCCACUCCUCCAAGCUGAGGAAGACCGAGAUCAAGCAAGACGUUACUUCGCAGACAAAGCAAGAGAGAAGGAGUUGCUUGGAACCGAUACCAAAAUAUACAAUUCUGAUAGGUAUGUCAUGGAUCCACAUCAUAUUUACCUGGCAAAGCUGCUGACCGGUUUCAAUUCCCAGAUUCGUGAGACCAACCUUCAUGUAUACCCCAUCUCCUUCGAAAUAGGCUUGUCUGUAUAA